GCAAGAGCACUGCUCGUUCAGUUCUUCGGAGGGAUUGCCGAGAACACGCGAUGCUACACUCAGCUUCGGCUUUCUGCCUCUUACUGGUGGCGGUUUCUUCCAACCUUGCCAUCGCAAUCAAGAAAGAAAGGAGGCCUCCUCAGACGCUCUCUAGAGGAUGGGGAGAUGACAUCACUUGGGUACAGACUUACGAAGAAGGUCUCUUCCAUAUUCAAAAAAGUAACAAGCCGUUGAUGGUUAUUCUUCACUUGGAGGACUGUCAAUACUGCCAAGCACUCAAAAAGGUGUUUGCCCAAAAUGAAGAAAUACAAGAAAUGGCUCAGAAUAAUUUCAUCAUGCUGAAUCUCAUGCAUGAGACCACGGAUAAAAAUUUAUCACCAGAUGGACAAUAUGUGCCUAGAAUCAUGUUUGUGGAUCCUUCUUUAACAGUCAGAGCUGAUAUAACUGGAAGAUACUCUAAUAGACUGUAUACAUAUGAACCACAGGAUUUACCAAUAUUGAUCGAAAACAUGAAGAAAGCAUUAAAACUUAUUCAAUCCGAGUUAUAAGGGAUUUCCUCGAAGAGGUUACAUGUCAUGAAGACAACCUGCUGGUGAACUACUACUAAAUAUGCAAAUAUAUGGGUUUUGUAACAUUAGCAUUUAGAUUUUUCAUGUUUGCAACAUUCUUACGAAAGUAAAAUUAUAUUUCAAUAAAUGUCAAGACCUGAGCAUGACAAUGUAGUAGUCGUUUGACUUCUGUCUGCAUCGGUAACAAAGAAAGUUGUCAUGAGCUGAGAGCUAGGUUAGGUUGGAGACAGGAGGGCCUGACCGAGAGAUGUGUAUAUUAGGGGUCUUGAUUUCUUCACCUCCCUUUCACGCCAUGUAAUUUAAUCUCAUUCUGCUCCUCCGCUGCAUUGAACCUGACAGUAUAGCUCAUGAAUGAUGUUCAUGUUUCCGGAACCAAUGGGUGGACCUCUGGCACUUAUUAUUUGAACUAUUAAUAGCGUAUUUCAGAGUUAACCGUUUACUUCUUUUUUACCUUAAAU